AUGCUAUUGGAUUGUGAACUUGGAAUAGGCUCGGUAUUCCUCUACUCAACAGGAGCUGUGGAGAUUCUGUAUAUUUCUGACCCCAGCAUGAUCAAGGACAGAGCCACUGUCAUGAUAGAACUAAUUGUGGGGGCUUCUGUCCCACUGCUAGAAGCAUGGGAGAGCAUGCUUGACGAUGCAGGAGGGAGUAAAGAGAUAGAUGUGGAUGGUUAUUUGCGGAAUUUUUCGGCGGAUGUAAUCGCCAGGGCAUGUUUUGGCAGCGAUUUCACAACAGGGGAAGAAAUAUUCCACAAGCUGAGGCAGCUUCAGAAGGCAAUUUCUCAGCAAGAUCCACUUAUUGGAUUAUCUGCAGUGUGGUAA